CCGAGGGCUGCCCCGGGAGGAAACAGACUAAGUCAGUUCUACUGCCGUCAGGCCCCAGCCACUCGGAGACAUGGAGGAGGCCAGUGGAGGAGGAGAAAAUGAUCGCGUGCGGAAUCUGCAGAGUGAGGUGGAGGGAGUCAAGAAUAUCAUGACCCAGAAUGUGGAGCGGAUCCUGGCUCGAGGAGAAAAUUUGGACCACCUCCGCAACAAGACAGAGGAUCUGGAAGCCACAUCAGAGCACUUCAAGACAACAUCACAGAAGGUGGCUCGGAAGUUCUGGUGGAAGAACGUGAAGAUGAUUGUCCUCAUCUGUGUGAUUGUUUUUAUCAUCAUCCUCUUCAUCAUCCUCUUUGCCACUGGAGCCAUCCCAACUUAAGGAGCCCCUCCCACCCCACCCUCCUCUUCUGGGGCAGCCCUCCAUAAGGGGUAACAAGAGGAGCCCUCUCUCCUGUCCUUCAAAAGAAUGCUGCUCGGUCCUCCUGCCCCUCACUCUGAGGCCCCUCUGCCACAUUGUAUGCCCCAGGGAGCCCCUGGGUACCCAGAAGGAGAGAGCUGGACUGGGGCUGCAUUUCAUGGGUCCUUACAGUGGGUUGGAAAGACCCAGAGGGCCCAGCAGGUGGCUGGGAAACUGUUGAUAGCUGGUGGGCAAUAAAGACCUUUCAGUAUCCCUA